UCACUAUCAGUCGAAUAACAUACCAAUGCGGUGUUCGUCAAAAUAUCAACCACCAAUAAGGGACAGGUCCGCAAAUCCACAGCACACCCUAAUCCCCAAUCCUUUUCUUCAAAUACAGAACGAAUUCUCAAGCAAAACUCAAACUGAGAAAAAUAAAUAAAUAAAUAAAAGAAGGAAAUGGCGAGGGCUCUGAGGUUGAAGAUCACGAUGAUAAACCUGCUGUGUUUGCUGGUAAUCUGCGGGGCAAUCGAAUCGCCGCAGUACGAGGUGGUACAUGCUGAAUCCGAUUUCGAAAUCAGACUCUACCGAAACGCCACGUGGAUGUCUGCAACCGUCAACGACCUUUCCUUCCAAAAAGCCACCUUAUUUGGCUUUCACAGAUUAUUCCAGUUUACACAAGGUGCGAAUCUGAAUUAUUCUCGGGUAGCCAUGACGUCUCCCGUGGUGACAAGCCUAGUCCCAGGAGCUGGGCCACUGCACUCAUCAGCCUAUGUGGUCCGAUUUUAUUUGCCUGCUAAGUUCCAGCACAGUUUACCAACGCCACUUCCGGAACUGAACCUGGAACCUUACACAUGGGAAUCUCACUAUGUUGUUGCCAGGAAGUUUUCAGGAUUUGCUACGGAUGAUAGCGUGCUCAAAGAGGCUGUGGAGCUGGCUAGUAGUUUGAGCCUGUCUCCAUGGGCCAACGCUACUAUUGCUACUGACUACGCUUAUUCUAUUGCCCAGUAUGAUCCACCCUUCCAGUUUAUUGGUAGGGUCAAUGAAGUGUGGGUGGAUGUUAAUGCUUCUGUGUUUGUUGGCUAUGCUGGAAAAGCAACGUUUUGAAAAUUAUUGACGAAUCAAAACAAGGAUAGCUUCUUGGGUGUUUUCUGCUUGUGUGUGGAAGUGAAACUAGAAUCAAACACUAUCAUAUUAUCAUGUUGUAUUCAGUUUUUCUUAUGUGUGAAAUUUCUGAUGUAAUUGUAUGCUAAAAAUAUCAAUAAAAUGCAAUUAGUAGCAUACGUUUUAGUAGUAAA